CAUUCCUUCUGUUGCUCCCAUUUUCCAUUCUCUAAUAUUGCUUCUCUCCCCUUUCUUUCAUUCACACUUUGUUUUGUAGGGCGCUUCUUCCUCAUUGCUGGCAAAAUGGCAAAUGCAGCGUCCGGAAUGGCGGUGCACGACGAUUGCAAACUGAAGUUCCAAGAGCUUAAAGCAAAGAGGAGUUAUCGAUUCAUUGUGUUCAAAAUUGAGCAACAACAAGUCGUGAUCGACAAAAUAGGAGAACCGACGGAAACCUAUGAGGAUUUUCAGGCCUGUUUGCCAGCUGAUGAAUGUCGUUAUGCUGUCUUUGAUUUUGAUUUCACAACUGCAGAGAAUUGUCAGAAAAGCAAGAUCUACUUCAUUGCAUGGUCACCAGAAAUUUCAAGGGUGAGGAUGAAGAUGGUGUAUGCAAGUUCCAAGGAUAGAUUCAAGAGAGAGUUGGAUGGCAUUCAAGUUGAACUUCAAGCAACUGAUCCAAGUGAGAUGAGCUUGGACAUUGUGAAAGGGCGAGCCCUCUGAGUGCCCCUUUUCCUGUCUCAAUUCUCCUUCACAGUUAUAAAUUAAUUAACUCUUUAACUGGUUGUUUCGCGGUUUCGGGGGCCAUCCUGUUAUUGUUUUUUAGCCUGGAUUCAACAAAAAAAAACUAAUCCAAAAAUGUCAUGUAUUGUUAUUGCAUCAUUAUUCCUUAAACUCGGUCGUUGUUCAAGUUUCCUGUCGAUCUUGGUUUAGUCUCAAAACACGUGCGUGUGCGUGGCUGGUUCAAGAUUAGUAAGCAUCUAUUACUUUUGCUACUCUGCCAAGUUUCCAAUGAAACCAAUGGAUUUUUUUUUUUGUUUCACUUG